AGCAGUAGUUGCAGACAUAAGACAUUACUGCUGGGGACCGUUAGGAGAAAAAUCAUCAUCCUAUUCAUCCUCCGCUGAAGCGCACAAAGCAGACAGGUGGUACCCCACUUCUCCCUCCUUUUUCUACCUUCUCAUACACUCCCCCCCCACCCUCACCAACCUUUCAUUACCAUUUCCUUUCUCCCCAUUUGCUUUUCUUUUCUUCUUUCCCUUCUUACCCACCUGCAAAAAAUCAAGAAACCCCUCUCUGUUUUUGAUGGAAGCUACUCUUGGUCUAAUGGAUUUAGCUGGUGAUGGUGGAGGAGGAAGUGACGGGUCAAUUUCAACAGUGUCAAAGGAAGAGAAUAUGGUGUUGUUAUCAUCUGAGGCUUCUUCAUCAUCAUACCCUGAUGAAUCUGAGCUUGAAUUGGGUCUUGGACUUAGUCUUGGUGCUGCUGUUUCUAAGUCUAAUAAAACUGGAGCUUCAAGGGCUAAAUUCUUGACGGCUAAAGAUUUCCCUUCUUUGGGUUCCAAUUCAUUUUCUUCAUCUUCCUCUUCUUCAGCUACUAAACUUAAUAAUAAUGCCUUCUGUGGCACCAAGAGAGCUGCUGAUUCUAUUUCACCUCCCCGUUCUACUGUCAGUCAGGUUGUUGGAUGGCCUCCUGUAAGAACUUAUAGGAUGAAUACCCUAGUUAACCAGACAAAAUCACCACCCACCGAAGAAUAUUGCGGGGCAAUUGAGAAAUGCAAAAGCAAAAAUUUUAUCACUAACGGGGGAAGCAGCAAGAGCAACAGUUUUGCCAAGGAGAAAGGGCUCAUCAAGACUUCCAUGUUUGUGAAGGUCAAUAUGGAUGGAGUUGCAAUUGGAAGGAAGGUAGAUCUGAAUGCUCAUAGUAGCUAUGAGAACUUGGAACGGACUUUAGAUAGGAUGUUCCUAAAACCCAACACAGCGGUUUGUGCAAGAUCGUCAAAUGCACAAGAGCUAGGUGUAAUGUCAGAAACGUCAUCUUCAAGAUUAUUAGAUGGAUCAUCAGAAUUUGUGCUAACUUAUGAAGACAAAGAAGGAGACUGGAUGCUUGUUGGAGAUGUUCCAUGGGAGAUGUUUAUUAGCUCCGUCAAGAGACUACGAAUCAUGAGGACAUCUGACGCCAAUGGACUUGGUACAUGUAAGCCUCCAAGUUUCAUGGAAAGAAAUGGAAGACAGAGGACUAAGCCUAUAUAGGUCAGAUAAAUAAUCUACUUUCAAAGAUGAAGAAGCCCCUUAUUGGAAGGAUGAAGUACAGAAGGAAAUUAUAGUGGAUUAUAAAAUAAUUUCUCAGUAACAAACUGAUCAUAUGUGACCUUAUUGGCUUUUUAUUUUUUUGUCACUUUUUUCCUGCUUUUUACCACACGGGUCAUGGUGCCCACUCUCUGGGAGGAGAGACCUUUUGGUAGAUUACAGAAGAUGCUGGUAUAUGUCAUACACUAUGCAAUCUUCAGAGGAAGUUGCUUUCUGCCUUGUGAGUAUGGAUAUGUCUACUUGUAUUAUAUUACGAUGAUGAGCUUGCCGCCCUGAAACAGAUGAACGCUAAUGUUGUUGAAAGAAAAAUUUGCAAGGUUCAUACUGGGAACCUUUUUUGUUGGUUUUGAUAAAAGAUUUCAUUGCUUCAUGUUUGUAUUUCAA